GGAAGGAGAGCGCGGGUGUCGGCAGGCGGGAACAAGGAGAAUUCCAGCAACCUUGGCCUGGGGGUCCAGCAGAAGGACCUCAGCCUGGCAGGAGGACUUGUAAGACAUUAGAAGUUGGGCUUGAUCUUGAAAACAGAGCUGCUGCAAAGAAUUCCAACGCUCUGACUCAUCUACCUCUUGCCUUGGGCAAAUCACCUAAGAAAAGUACUAUUGGGCACUGAUGGAUGUUUCCGACAGCCCUGAGCGAAACCCCUGCUCUCCUGAUGAAGAUCAGCAACUUUCUGAUGAUGAAGUCCUGAAGGAGAGUGGUUCAGACCGGGAAAUUGAUGGAGAGGGUGGGCAAGGCAGCAUCCUAGGAGAGGAGGAGGAGGAUGCAGCCAGGGGACUGAGUCAUGGUGAAGAGGAGACCCACUCAGAUGAAGAGGAUCGCUUAAGCGAAGCCAAGUCUCAGGAGUCUGACAACAACGAGCAGAGUGGGGAGCUGAAGAGCCCUCCACCUCGAAAAGGAGAGGAGGAAGACAGGACAAAUGACCUUGGUGAUGAAGCAUCCUCUGUCACCCGUGAACUAGAUGAACACGAGUUGGACUAUGACGAGGAAGUUCCUGAGGAACCAACUGCUGCUGCUACAGAGGACGAUGGUGAGAAAGCUGCUGGUGAGGAUGAUGAGGAAGAGGAAAAAGGAGAUGAUGCUCAUGAAGAUGAGAAGAAAUCCAGCAGCAAAAGUGAUGAUGAGAAGGAUGGACAGGAUCCCCUCAAGGAGAAGAAGAAAGAAGAAGAUGAUGGCGAAAUUGAUGACGGAGAAAUUGAUGAUGAUGACUUGGAAGAGGGAGAAGUUAAAGACCCCAGUGACAGAAAAGUGAGGCCACGUCCCACCUGCCGAUUCUUCAUGAAAGGUCACUGUACGUGGGGCAUGAACUGCCGAUUCAUUCACCCUGGUGUGAAUGACAAAGGAAACUACUCCUUGAUCUCCAAACCUGAGCCCUUCUCUCCAAAUGGUGCUCCUCCCAUCGGCCCUCACCCCCUGAUGCCAGCCAACCCUUGGGGAGGGCCUGUUGUUGAUGAAAUCUUACCUCCACCUCCUCCAGACCCUCCAACAGAAAGUGCCUGGGAGCGAGGACUCCGGCAUGCAAAAGAGGUAUUAAAAAAGGCAACGAUGAGGAAAGAGCAGGAGCCUGACUUUGAGGAGAAGAGGUUCACGGUGACUAUUGGCGAAGACGAGCGCGAGUUCGACAAAGAGAACGAGUUCUUCCGCGACUGGAAUUACCGCAUCACCAGAGACGUCCGAGAUCCAGCGGAGGUGGACAUCAAAGAAAACAUUAACUAUGGGCUUGAUCCCUAUGCAGAUCCCUAUUAUGACUAUGAAAUAGAGCGGUUCUGGCGCGGUGGGCAGUAUGAGAAUUUCAGGGUGCAGUACACAGACCCCGAUCCCUACCGCAACUACAGAGUAAGUAAGGAAAGAGAGCGAGAACGGGAAAGGGAAAGAGAGAACCGGCAGCGCGAGCGGGAGCGCGAACGGGAGCGGGAGCGGGAGCGCGAGCGGCGCCAGCGGGAGCGCGAGCGGGAGCGGGAGCGGGAGCGCGACAAGGAGCGGCAGCGGCGGAAAGAAGAGUGGGAGAGGGAGAGAGAGCGAGUGAAGAGAGACGAGAAGGACAGACAGCACAGGGACCGGGACAGGGACCGAGAGCGGGACAGGGACCGGGAACGUGAAAAGGAGAAAGAGAAACCAAAGCCCCGGUCCCCGCUGCUCCCGAGUCGUCAGCCUGAGCCACCAAAGAAGGAGAAGGAAGCAACCACAAUUACCACCACCCAGUCAAAGAGAGCAGAUGAAUGGAAGGACCCUUGGCGCCGAUCCAAGUCCCCCAAAAAGAAACUGGGUGUCUCUGUCUCCCCCAGCCGUGCUCGCAGGCGCCGGAAAACCUCAGCUUCUUCAGCAUCUGCUUCUGGCUCAUCAAGGUCCUCUUCUCGUUCAUCCACCUACUCUGGCUCCGGUUCCUCGCGGUCUCGUUCCAGAUCGUCUUCUUACAGCUCUUACUCUAGUCGCUCUUCAAGACACAGCUCUUUCUCAGGCAGCAGGUCCAGGUCACGGUCCUUCUCGUCUUCACCCUCUCCUUCUCCAACACCGUCUCCACACAAGCCACUCAUGAAGGCUAAAGGGGAGUUAUUACCACCUAUUGGGAAAGGUGAAAAGUCUGUGAAGAAACUCGCUGCCCUCCCAGUCCCUCAGCCCCUCACAAAAGUCACAACGGCUGCGCCGGAGCCAACCAAACCAGGGGAUAACCGAGAGGCCAGGAGGAAGGAACGGCAGACGAGGACUCCACCCAGGAGGCGGACCAUCAGCGGCAGCAUCAGCGGCAGCGCCAGCAGCUACAGCGGCUCCAGUUCCCGAUCUAGGUCCUUGUCUCGGUCUCUCUCUAGAUCUCAUUCCAGAUCUUCGUCUGCCUCAGUCUCCCACUCCCCAUCUGGGUCCAGGAAAUCCAGGUCCCUGAGCGUGAGCAGUGUCUCCUCUGUCUCCAGUGCCUCCUCCAGCAGCAGCUCCGUGCGCAGCGCCGACUCCGAAGACAUGUACGCGGACUUGGCCAGUCCUGUCUCCUCUGCCAGCUCCCGCUCCCCGACGCCAGCCCAGCAGAAGAAAGGAAAGUCAAAAAAAGAAGACAGUGCUAAAGAGGAGAAGCGGAAACGGGAAGUGCCCACUCAGCUCCUCAAAGCGACCAAGCCCACCCAGGGCGGCAAAUCGCAGCAGCUCCUCCAGAGCCAGCAGCCCUCGGCCCCGCAGGCUCAGCAGGGUGGGGGCUUCAGUGCUCACAAAGACAUCAAACUGACGCUGUUGAAUAAGGCAGCUGACAAAGGCAGCAGGAAGAGAUACGAGCCAGCAGACAAAGACAGGCCGACCUCUCCUCCAGCCAAACGGGUGAACCCGUCACCUGACAGAGGCUCUCGAGAUAGGAAAGCAACUGGGAGACUCUCUUCACCCAAGCAAGAGCGACAGAGAGGCCAGAACCCAAAACCUUCUCCUGCACAGACGGACAGGAAGCGCCAGCUCUCGCCUCAGUCCAAGAGCAAAGUCACGAGCGUACCGGGCAAAGCAGCCGAGCCAGGCCCCGCGGGCGCCAAGGGGGCCAAGUCCAGCACCCUGUCGCGGCGGGAGGAGCUGCUGAAGCAGCUGAAGGCGGUGGAGGAUGCCAUCGCGCGCAAGAGGGCCAAAAUCCCGGGCAAAGUAUAGUGGGCAGCCUGCGAGCCCUGCUCUGCCCCGCUCAGACUCUCCAGGUUUUUAUAAACAGCCGACAAGCGGCCGCUUGCCAUUUUGCAGUUCUGCUGGUCUUGGCCGCCCUUCUUUUUAACAGAGAGAAACCCACCCAGGAAAAGCAACCAACCAAACCCACACACACCCACAAAGUACCCAACCCACCGCAACACGGAGAAGUUGUCAGCUGAGGCGCCCGCCGCCGCUCGCUCCGGCUCCCCAGCCACAGCCUGGGGGCGGCUCCUGGGGCAGCUGCGCCAGCUCCAGCUCCCCAGGGGGAAGCGGGGCCAGCUCCAGCUCCCAGUGAUUGAGUGGGCUCAGCUCCAGCUGCUGACAGGCAAACGGAGCCAGCUCCAGUUCCCAGCAACGGAGUGGGGCCAGCUCCAGUUCCCACCUGGUUGGCGUGCAAGGCCAGCUCCAGCUCCUGGUGAUCAAGCAGGGCCAACUCCCAUUCCCAGUGAUAGAGUGGGGCAAGCAGGACUCGGUCCAGCUCCUGGUGAUCAAGCAGGGCCAGUAUCUGAUCUGUGGGGCCAGUGCCAGCUCCCAAUAGGCAAACUGCGCCAGCUUCAGCUCCCAGUGGGAAGGUGAAUGGGGCCAGCGCCAUCACCUCAUGGGCAAGCAGGCCCAGACCCAGCUCCCAAGGGGGAGAUGAAUGGAGCCAGCUCUAGCUCCCAGUGGGUAAACUGGGCCAGCUCUGGCUCACAAUGAGGAGGUGAGUAGGGCCAGCUCCAGCUCCCCAUGGACGCAUGGGACCUGCUUCAGCUUGAUGGGAAAGUGAAGGGGGCAAGUCCAGCUCCUAGCGAACAAGUGGGGCCAGCUCCAACUCCUGCUGGUGGACUGGGGCCAGCUUUGUCUCCAACGAUCAAGCGGGGUCAUCUCUGCCUCCUGAUGGUGGAAUGGGGCCAGCUGCAGCUCCUGAAGGUGGAAUGGGGCCAGCUGCAGCUCCUGAAGGUGGAAUGGGGCCAGCUGCAGCUCCUGAUGGUGGAAUUGGGCCAGCUGCAGCUACUGACAGUGGGUUGGGGCCAGCUCCCGAUGGUCGAACGUGGCAAGCUCCAGCUCCUGACAGGCAAACUGGUCCAGCCCUUGGCUCUGCUGGCACCAGUUCCAUGUAUAUUCUGCACAGAGGCCUCCAGCCCCAGCGGCUGCUCUCUCCUGCUCCCCUCUCUCUGCCCCUCCUCCUUGCUAAUGUCCAGCUGUAUCCUCCUAGUAAAGCCCCACUGUGUGUCGAGUGUCCUCAGCGCUGCAGUUUCAUGGCCCAAGAGAGCCCAAACCUGCUGUGAACUGCUGGCCAACAUCACCACCUUCCCUCCACCCCAACCCAGCCACCUCCCUGCCCUCCUACCUGCCCCCCAGGAACAAAAAUUAUAUAUAUAUUCUUGACUAAAGUCUGGUUGGGAAGAUGAA